CACACAAGAGAGAGAAACUGUCCUCAAUAUUCAAUCAAUAUAAAUAAAAAAAAUAAAAAUUACUCAUAAAAUGCAAUAAUAUAUGUGAUAAUAUGUUGAUCGGCAUGGAGUCUUGUUAUUUAUUAAGAUCCUGCUUCAGUGCUAUUAUUUAUUAUGCAAUUGUUUUUAUAUAAUAAACAAAAUAGUAAUGUCAAUAUUGGUGUUUGAAUUAUGGAAAUAAAUUGGGGUUAUUUUAUCAACCCAAUAAAAACAUAAUAAUAUUUUUUAUUGUUUAUAUACUCAUCAUCUUCAUUAUGGCAAAAGAAAUGAUGAUUGUUUUUGUUUACGACACAAGUAGAUGUCGUAAAGAGGAUGAUGAUCCAGCUGAUGCUGUCAUGUAUUUUCAUCCAGCUUGGGUAUCACCAACACAACGUUUAGCAUUAGCUGGUCAAUUAAUGGGUGUUCAUCAUUUUUUAACAAUAUCAUUUUCAUCACCAAAGAUCAUAUCACUGCAAGGUGGUAAAUUUGUUAUUAAAAAAUUUGGUCAAUAUGUACUUGCUGUUGGUACCGAUCGUAAUAUACAUGAUUGGAUAUUACAAAGGCGAGCAAAUUGUUUAGAGUCAAUUAUUAAAUUUUUCCAUUGUGAUUUUGAUACAAUAGCAAAAUCAUUAAAUAAUGAUCGUAAUAAAUUGAGUGAAAAACUUUAUCAAAUGCUAGAAACAUAUUUACCAAUACUUCAAUACUCAGCAAGCUAUUUUUCAAGUAUGCCAAUGAUAAAACUUCCAAAAACAGCAAGUAAUGUUUUUUUAGAUUCAAUGCAAAUACUACAAUAUUGUCAAGAAACAAAUCCUGGUAUUAUUGGUGGUGCAAUGUUUUUCAAUAAUAAAAUUGUUGCAACACAAUUGAGUGCUGAAUUAACAAAACAACUUGUAUUAACAGAUCCAUAUAGAAUAAAAACACCUGGUGAUAAAAUAAUAACUGAUUUUCAUUUACCACUUGGUGUACAAUUAUUACGUGUAUUUAUAAAACGUCAAAAGACAAGUGACCCAAGCAACGAAGAAAUAAUUAAAAAACCAAACAAUACAUUUAUUGAUACACCUGCAACAAGAAAAACAUUUAAAAAAUCAUCACUACCAGUAUCAUCUGGUAUGAAACGUGAUACAUCAAGAAUAUUUACUGUACCAGAAGAAGGUGAAACUGAUAACAAUAAUAUUAAUAUUAUUGAUCAUUCAAUUAAAAUUAAAAAACCACCACCACCAACAACAUUACCAAUUAAAUCAUCAUUAAAUUUUGAUAAGAGAGACAUUAAAAAGAAUUAUCAAAAUACUGCACCAGUACCACCACCACCACUUCUUACACCAUCGGUAUGUUCAACACCAUUAAAAGAUAUCAAUAGAAUACUUCAUGGUACAGCAGUAUCAAUAUGUAGUGCCAACGAAGACACACAACUAUCAACAGAUAAUGAUAAUAAAAAUAUUGAUGACAUACCAGAUGUUGUUAAGGAGGCAUUAAGAUGUAAACGUAUUAAUAAAUUAAAAAAUACAACUAGAAAUAAAUUAGAUUCAAAAAUUAAACAUGAAUAUUGGCAUAGAAAAUCAUCAAGUUUAUCAACGUUAAAUGAUAAGAAGCAUUUUCAUAAUAAAAAUGAUUUAUCAAGUAAAGAAACAAAUAAAAAAUAUUUCAUGACAAUAACAGAUCCAUGUUAUCCAGUUUUUAGACAAGAUGGUAAUCCAAUAUCACAAACUCUUUAUGAUCAUUUUAUUUCAUUGCAUUAUCAGUCAUUAGUUAAAGAACAAAAUUUAAAUAUAAAUAAAAAUGAUAAAAAUAAAAUAAAUUUUGAUAAUGAUAAUGAUAGUGAUUUUAAAGAUUUUGAUUGUAUUAUUAUUAAUAAUGAUUUAUCUGUUGUACAAACAAAAAAACCAACUGACAUAAAAUUAGAUAAAAAAAAAAGUCAAGAAAUAAAUCGUAGAUCAAUGAGUUUACCAUUAAAAAGUUUAAAUGCACCAGCUGAUAAUAAUAACUCAAAAAUAACAACAGAAUCAUCUGAUGUAUCACAUAAAAAGAAAUUAGAUGGUAUACAAUUAACACCAUUAAUGUCAAAAUUAAGCUUAUUAAUUACUGAUGAAAAAACAAGUGAUUUUUGUAGUAAAGAAAUAAAUACACCAAAUGAAUAUUAUGAUUCAUCAACAUUAUUAAAUAUUAAUAAUAAUAAUAAAAGCAAUGAUACUGUUGAUGAUGAUGGUGAUGAGUGUGAUUUCAAUCGAAAUGAAAAUAAUGAUGAUUGUUAUGAAAAAGCUGAAUUAUUUAUAUGUGGUAAACAAAGUAUGGUUUUAAUGUUACUGAUGACUGAUGGUACUGCUAAUAAUCCAGAUUUAAUUCAUAAUAUAUGGCAAGCAUGUAUGAAUAAUUUAGAAAGAUUAGAAUCACGUUUGCAGUAUUGUCUUGAUCCACAACCAUCAAGUAAUAGUAAAGAACUUUAUAGUGUACUUGGUAUUGAUUCACAAUGGGAUACAACACAUCGUUCUGGUUUAUGGGGUGUUACUGAACUUGAUAUUGUUUCAUCAUUACAUGAUAGAUUUAAAAAAUCAAGUAAUAUUACUGAUAUUAUUGUUAGAACAGAGGAUACUGUCGUUUAUGGUAGUCAAAGUGGAAGAAGUGAAAUUUUUUAUCAACAAGCUAUACCACCAAAUACAUGUGGAAGUUUACCAACACCUGCUGAUCUUAUGGGUGUUGUUCCUCUAAAAGCCAAACGUAGAUUAGAACGUGAUCAUGGAAUAAUUAUAUUGUAACACAUUUUAUUUAUCGGUUGUGUGUUACAUAAAUUAAUCUUUUCUUUUUGUUCUGACCAAUGAUACAAAUUGUUAUUUUAUUUAUCAAAAGAAAAAAAAUAUGUAUUAAAUAUUAGUUUUUAUUUUCAUUCAAUAUUUGUUUAUGUUUUUAAAUUUUUAAAAUACUCAAAUAAUUAAUAAUCAUUGUCAUAAUAUUAUGUAGUAGCAAAAAAAGAAAAAUA